AUGUACAAACAACUCUUGCUCCUCGUGAUCGCCGCCUCCAUGGCAUCGGCCAUGAACGUGAACCUCCUCGCUGCCCGUGCGACUACGACAACCACCUCCACCUCCACCACUACCACCGGCACAUCGACCACAUCCACGGGUACAACCUCCACUACUUCGACUGGCACCACUACCGUCGGCGGUAGCUCCAGCUCGUCUGUCAGUUCGAGCGCUAGCACGUCGACUACUUCGGUUCCCCCGCCCGCAGCAGGCGUUGCCAUCCACCCGAACGGCAAUAACGCAAAGUGCAUGGAUGUACGCGGUGGAUCUGUCGCUAAUGGCACGCCUGUGCAGAUCUAUGACUGCAACGGCACGAACGCGCAGAAGUGGACAAUUCAAAAGGGGCAGACGAAAGUUAGACUCGCGGGAACAAACUUCUGCCUUGACGCCGGUGGCAACCCAGGCAAUGGUGUUGGCAUGAAAAUUUGGACAUGUUACGACAACCUCGCCGCUCAGGAAUGGUUUUACACUGGCGACAAUCGCAUUGCCUUGCUUAACAAAGGUCAAUGCCUUGAUCUCAACGGUGGAAGGUUGAGCAAUGGUAAUCAACUCCAAACUUGGAGGUGCACCGACUUUAACACCAACCAAGUUUGGAGCACGUAG